GUCAGCGGAACCGUGGUGGCAAAACACGUCGCCUUUGCACAGCGACUUGGUGUGCUGUUCGAAUUAAAGCCGAUCACCACACCCGUCAUGACCGCUGUGCUGAAGAUCGGCCCCCAGCUCACCGACCAUGCCAAGGAAGUCCUGCAGUCGAUCGCCUUGAAGCACGGCCAGGACAUGUUGAUGGAUGGGUACUCCAAGUUGCUACGAGCUGUCUACUGCCUGCAGCGCUAUGAGCAGCCAGAAGGUUGCACUCACACCUUGUUUGAGAUCUUUGUGGAGUCUUGUCUGACGGCGGUUGCCAGGGAGCAGUUGCGUGUGGACUUUUUCAAAACGAACAACAUCGGCGGCGAGUCGAAAAAGGAUUCUAAACCUGGCUUUGCGGACCUGGUUGCAGCCCGCGCAAGCACGAUCGGCACAAUCCAGUCCUUCCUGAAACAGGUCUCCCGCGAUGCGGCCAGGGAAGAGCUUCUGCUCGUCUGGAAGAACUUCGAGUCGCCUUUUGCUUACCACAACCAGUUUCCAGUCGUCGAUCCCAAUGCAACCAUGCCGGAUGGUGACGAAGUGGUGAAAACGCCAAUGCAAAUAUUCUGCAAAGGCAAAACCAAGAUCGCUGUCCAGCUGGCGACAUUGGGGUAUGAUGGAGAGUACGAUGCAGACUUCUUGGUGCUUUCCACUUUCUACACAAAGAUCCAGGCCACUAUCAUGGCGCCGCAGGAAAACGAGAAGAAGUUGAGCUUGGUAGGUGCUGUUUGGGACCUCUUCAAAAUGAUCGAGUUGGCUACCACAGUGGUAGGGGUCACAGAGGAUACACCCAGCGCAGGACUGCGCACCUUGGCAAAGGCCAAUAGUCUUGGUGGUGAGGAGGAAGAUCCGUUUCUCAAGAAGAAACAGGAAGAGAGAAAGGAGGCCUGGCGGUCGGCGACCAAAGCCCGCAAGCGUUUCUGCCAGUUCUCUGUCUGGAAAGACUUGGCAUCCACAACGGAGACAGUGGCCAAGUCGCUCAUCGCUAAUGUGAAGGUCGAUCCUGGGAAGAAGCAUCGGCUUGUGGUCAUGAGUCUGGACUUGCUUUGCGAGUCGGAGACGAACCCUUGGACCGAAGUCUUUGAGGCCAAGCCAACCGGCAUGAAGUUCGAGUCGAGGCUGGAGUGGUUGCUGAAGCAGACGCAGCCUGGGGACAUCCUUCUUGUCUUUGAUGGGCGAAGUCGAGCAGGGCGCAAACACGUGGAGUCGCAAGUGGCCAAGUCGGCCAGCCCA